UCCUCAGGAUCUCCUCCUAAAAUCCCAUUUUUGCCAUAAGCAAUGAACCUUAAACCCUACCAUCUCAGAACCCUCAUUUCCUCUUCAUCUUCUCCACCUUCACAUUCACUGUCAAUCUUCAUUUCUCAUUUCUCCACUUCCCAAACCCAGCCUUCGCAUCCCCAUUCCUCGUCUUGGCGCCAUGAGGAAGCUUCACGGCACGUUAAGGUUUCGGUUUGGUGGGAUUUUGAGAACUGCUCUCCCCCUGCGGGUUUCAAUGCCUUUAAGAUUGCUCAGUUGAUUACUUCCGCCGUCAGGACCAAUGGAAUUAAGGGCCCUGUUCAGAUUACGGCUUUCGGGGAUAUUUCCCAACUCUCUCGAACUAACCAGGAGGCGCUUUCUGCCACUGGAGUUAAUCUUUCCCAUGUUCCCAAUGGUGGAAAAAACAGUGCUGAUAGAUCGCUUCUAGUUGAUCUUUUGUGUUGGGUUUCUCAAAAUCCUCCUCCUGCCCAUCUUUUUUUGAUCUCUGGUGACAGGGACUUUGCUAGCGUAUUGCAUAGAUUACGGAUGAACAACUACAAUGUUCUGCUUGCUACAUCAGAAUCAGCUCCAAGUGUUCUUUGCAGUGCUGCCAGUAUCAUGUGGAAUUGGAAUUUGCUGCUCACAGGAGAGAACCUGACUGGAAAGCACUAUAACCAACCUCCUGAUGGUCCUUAUGGUUCUUGGUAUGGCCAUUACAAGGUGCCUCUUGAUGAUCCAUUUUUAGUUGAACAACCAGCAUGCAAACAGACUGAAGAAUCGUCUGAGAGCUGUUCAGAUUCUAUACCUCGGCCAGUUCCAAAGGCAGUCAUGAAGCAGAUACGGCAGAUUCUGAACUCAUACCCAAAGGGAGUUUCCAUUACAGACCUUCGUUCUGAGCUGAGAAAAAGCAAGGUUGACCUUGAUAAAGACUUUUAUGGUUAUAAGAGGUUCUCCCGCUUUCUUUUAUCAAUGCCACACAUUUUGAGGCUUAAGUCAGAACGUGAUGGUAUGUUUAUUAUACAUGGAAUUACCCCAAAAGCUGGUGAACUAUCUAAGAGCAGUCCUUGUUUAUCUGCUGGACCUGUCUGUAGAACUGGAGAUGAGUUCACUGUUUCUUGUAGGUCAAGCGGUGAUGAAAGGACAGUAGAUGGUGCUUUAAAUGAAAAUUCCAGGUUGCGUCAUUCCCCUGAGGUUAAGGCUGGAGUUUCUCUUAGAAAGAUACAAGAAAUCCCUCCAGAAAAUGGUAGCUGUGUAAAAGUAGAUGCAGAGACACCUCAAGAGGAAGUCCAACAGCCCCUUCCAGUUGAUCAGAAGAUUGCUGAAGCAUCUAAUGAUCAGGUACCCCAGAGUCUUCAGGAUCGCAUGCUGGAACAAGAUUCUGCAUCUGAUGCAAGCUUCAUAAGGAAAGUUUGGCGAAGAUGGUUUGGUGUUAGCGAUGGUAACCCUGCUGAAAAAGAUCAUAAUCUUCCAGAAAAACAUGGUGAUUCUGAAGAUAGCUCUGAGAAACAAAAUAACCAUACUUUGAAAAAAUGCACUGGGAUUAGCUCUGAGAUGGAAGGAAUUAAGAAAGAGUGUGAGGAAAAGUCGUGUGAAGUUCCAUGUCCAGUUACCAUUUCUUCACCAAGUAAUGACUCUACUAUUGACACUAAAGCAGCUGAUGAAGCAAGUGAAAACCACUCUGGUAAGAGGUCAGGUUUAUUUAACUGGAUCGCCAGCUUGUGUAAAUUUUGGAGAAGCAGCAAUGACUCUGAGACAUCAAGUGAUCAAUCCCAAGAAAAGUUCAACCCAACAGACACUAACUCUUUAAAGCAUGAAAUCUUUACUCGGGGAUCCUUCUGGGAAAACAUGGAAAUCUUAAUAGACUCAACUAGGGGAUCGCUUUUUGUCACGCUGUCUAGGACCAGGGAAGAGAUGGCAGAAAAUCUGCUCAAGGAAGGGCCAUUGGUGCUUAGAUCUCUCAGUAAAACUGAUCUUCUUCAUUUGGUGGAUUUGUUGAUAUCUGAUAAGAAAUGGAUCGAAGAAUGCCCCUCGCAAGAGUCACCGUUUAAGGUCACUAAGGCUGUUGGGAGGAGUCUCAGUUUGGAUCAUUCUCAUGCUACAAAUGGGUUGAGAUCAAUCUUUCUGCGUACUUCAUCACAGGCAAACUUGCAGACAGAACACAAAGGAGAGAAAAUGUUGCAGAAUAUUCCUCAUACUGAAGUUUCAUCUACCAUCCCGGAUACAAAAUCUUCAGACCGUUCCAAAUGUGAAGUAUUGUCCGACUGUCGCAACCUAGUUAAAGAGAUACUAAAGGAACACCCUGAAGGAUAUCAUAUGGGCAACUUCAGGAAACUGUUCCUUGAGAGGUACGGUUAUCCUCUUUAUGUACAAAGGCUUGGCUACAGAAGGUUGGAGUACCUGCUAGAGAAAAUACCUGGAAUUAAAAUAGAGUCAUGCUUCAUAAUUCCUGCAGGCAUGAUUCCAGACAAUUUUGGCCCGAAAACAGCUGAAAAUACAAGUCAAGCAUUAGGCGAAUUGCCUAAUGUUGCAACAACAAAAGAUGAUGAUUUUGACACUGUGUGGGAUGAACUAGGACCCGUUUCCGACACGGAUCCAACCAGAAACGGGAUGCAGUCAGUAUCAGGGAGCAAAAGACCCGAGGACACUGAGACAAAACAUCCCGACUCUCCCUCUCUCUCGGAUUAUGAAUUUUCUGAUUCCGAAAGGGACAUCUCAACUGCAGAUCCAUCGGGGCUAGAACAGAAGCCUGGAAGGAAUGAGGAAGACAGCUCCUUGCUGCAAAUCCUUGAUUCGUGGUACAGUAUUAAGGAAGGUAAGGAUGACACGGAUAAUUCGGAGGACUCGGAUGCUUUGGUUGAUCGUUCCGAAUACAAUGUCAAGCCAUCUGGUGCUGCUGGAGAAGCCUUGAAGACGGAAAAUAGUUUGGAGGAGUGCGUGAAGAAGCAAAGGGUGCAGAAGAAGUAUACUUUUGUUGCAGACUCGGUGGAGAAUGAUAGAGAUAAGCUGAUUAAUGGAAUCUUAGGUAGCUUGAAAAAAUCCAGCGAGUCAAGAAUAGAGGCUUGAAUCGUGUUGGUUUCGCAUUAUCAUUCUUCAUGCAUUCUGCUAACUUUUUGUUGCACUUGUAUUGGCUUUUGUAUAACAUUCAAGCUAUGGUGGAUAGGACUACACGGACCGAUACAAGAUUUUAGAAGCAGGAUUUUAUAGUAGGCGAUGAACUUU